UGGAAAGUAAACAAUAAAAUGCUAUAUUUGUUCCUUAUUAAAACCAUAAAGGAACAAUGUUAUAAUUUCUAGGUCACUAAAUUAUAUUCACAGUUAAAAGACAACAAAAUUACAAAAUAAACUAUCAAACCGUGUUAUCAAUAGCCCUAAAGUUGUUGCGACAAUAAAUAAUAUUGUUUUAAUUUAUUUAACAAAUCUUAUUGAAAGAAAAAAAAAAGAAAAUAAAUUCUCAGAAAACAAUAAACUGAUAAACACGUUCAUAUGAUAAUUUUGGACUUGAAAAUUAGUUUUGCGAUUAAAAAACAAAUACAACAUAAAUUCUGAUUAAAAAUUCAAUUUUUAUUAUUUAAAAAGUAAGGUGUUUAUAGGCUUUUUAGAUUGGUAUCAAAUGCAUGAAAUUUCAUGUUUAAGGAAAAUAUAAUUAAAAAUUUAAUUAGACCAUUUGUUUUUAAGAUAUUAGCCUCAACAAUCCCAUUAUUUAAUAGAAAUUAAAAUUGUAGUACUAAAUUAAUGAGGAAAAUAUACAUUUAAUUCGUUCGAACACGUGAAUCCAUUAAACCGCGUUUUAUUUUUAUACCUAUGCAUAAAAGCCGUAAUUAAUCGCUAUUGUGAACAUUAAACGGCUUACUGAUAAAAAAAAAAUGCAUUUUGUUCGAGUUUCAACAUUAAAACAAAAAAGCAUAAAUAGAACGUAUUUAACGAUAAAUAUUGAGUAAUCGAAUUCAGUAUGAACACACAAGAAUAUUUAUCAUUACCACGAAAUUUUGCCACUAUUGCUAUUCAUUCUGCUCAAGAACCGGAAAAAUGGGAACAUUUAAGUGUGGUACCUCCAAUAGUCACAUCUACAAUAUUUAAACAUCUUAGUCCCGCUGUUCCAAAGUUGUAUGCUUACGGAAGGGCGGGUAAUCCUUCGCGAAACACCUUAGAAGAAUGCUUGGCAGCAAUCGAAGGUGCCAAACACGGACUUUGUUUUGCUUCAGGAUUAGGGUCCAUGACUACUGUACUGGGUCUGUUCGCAUCUGGAGAUCACAUUAUUUGUAGCGAUAACCUUUUCUGGGGAACUGCUAACCUUUUCGAUAAAGUUGGAAAGCCCUUGGGUCUUGAUUUUACAUUUACAGAUGUUACAGACGUCAAAGAAGUUGAAAAAUGUGUUAAAACUAACACUAAAAUGAUAUGGAUUGAAACACCAACAAAUCCAACCCUAACAGUAAUCGACAUAAGGGCAGUUUCAAAAAUUGCUGAAAAACACAAAAUAAUUUUGGCCGUUGACAACACAUUUUUAACGCCCUAUUUUCAAAGACCUUUGGAAUUGGGAGCAGAUUUAUCAGUUUAUUCCCUUACAAAAUACAUGAACGGUCAUUCCGACGUCAUUAUGGGUGCCAUUGUACUUAAUGAUGAAACUUUACAUACCAAAUUACGUUUCCUCCAAAACGCAAUGGGUAUUGUACCAUCACCUUUUGACAGUGCUCAAGUAAACAGAAGUCUGAAAACUUUGGCCCUUCGGAUGCAACAGCACUCCAAGAAUGCUUUAGCUGUUGCUAAAUUUUUGGAAGGACAUCCAAACGUCGACAAAGUCUUACAUCCAGCUGAUAUUUUAUUAUUUUUUUAUCAAGGGUUGCCUUCUCACCCACAGCAUACACUUUUUAAAAAGCAAACCGCAGGACAUAGCGGAAUGGUUUCGUUCUACAUAAAAGGCGAUUUACAACAAACAAAACGGUUUUUGCAAUCUCUAAAAGUUUUUAUAUUAACGGAAAGCCUAGGAGGAUAUGAAAGCCUUGCAGAGGCACCAUCAAUUAUGACACAUGCUUCUGUACCUGAAGAUCAAAAAAAGAAAAUUGGAAUUUUGGACAACUUGGUUCGGUUAUCCGUUGGUUUAGAAGACGUUGAUGACCUCAUCAGAGAUUUAAAUCAAGCUUUGGAAAUAAAAUAAAAUAAAGGCGGCAAUAGUGAC